AUGGGAGCUCUUGAAAAAACAGACCACCAUCAUCCUCAUCUUCACGUUCGUGACCCGGAAGAAGAAGAAGAAGCUCUUUCUCUCUCUGACCUUCCUCUCGAUGAAAAUAAUGGCAAGACGACGAGCCACAGUAAUAAUAAUACCCCUCGACGAACAUCUUCAUCUUCAUCAACUGAAUCCGGGGCCCCAGAAUUCUUCGAGUUUCUCAGCAAUCUCAGCUCUGAGAUGUGCGCUGCCGAAGAUUUAAUUUUCUGCGGCAAACUCAUCCCGUUAAAUAAUAGUGAACAAAAUCCCAUUUCUCUUCAUCAUCAUCGACAACAACAACAGCCGCAACACUCGUUGAAAGCGUACAGCAUGUCAUCGAUUUAUGAACACAAACAAGGCCCUUUUCGUCGGAGAUCGGAGUCGCUUUCCGAGUUACAAAGUUCUCGUUCUAAGAGUAAAAUUCUGAGAAGCAGUCGAUCGCUUGACUAUCAGAAGUUGCACCGGGUUUCGAGCUCGAAGACCUCGUCGGAAUCCGACAUGGAGCAGAACCCGUCUGUCAGAAGCGUCGGGAAAUCGGAUAAUUUCAAUAAAUUUCGGGUGGUGAAGCCACGGUGGUACUUGUUCAUGUUUGGAAUGGUGAAGUUCCCGCCGGAGAUGGACCUGAGAGAUAUCAAAAGCCGCCAAUUCCGUCGCAAUUCAUCCGUGAUGUUCCCGCCGUUGGACGCAUCAGGAAAUUUCCCGGCGAACCGGAGCUCCGCAACCGGUGAGAAGACUUCGUGGAGGUUUCUCAAGGCUUUAAGUUGUAGAGACGAUGCCAGCGUGGCCGCAACGACGCCGUUGUGCAUGCCACACGCGUGA